AUGUUAAUCAACGAACAUACAGAUCAUCAGGAAAUCCAACAGGCAACCGCUUCCGAGCCCCUAAGUCUCGAGGAAGAAUAUGCAAUGCAAAAAAGCUGGAGAACAGAUCAUGAUAAACUAACAUUUAUCAUCUGUCUACCCGACACCAUUGAUGCUUCAUCAGAAGAGAUUAGAAAAGGUGUAUCAGAUGCCCCUGCGAAAAUGAUUGGAGAUAUCAAUUUAUUCCUCACAGAAGCAGAUGAAGAUGAAGAGGGAUGUAUAGGAGAAAUAGAAAUCAUGAUAGCCGAAUCGUCGGCUAGGGGGAAUGGACUGGGUAGAUCGGCAGUACUUAGUUUUAUGGAGUAUUUGAGGAGGCAUUUGGAGAGGAUUUUGGAGGAGUAUAGAGAGGGGAUUCAGGGGGAGAAGGAAGGGGGGGAGAUGAAAUUGUUGCAGUUGAGAGUUAAGAUUGGGGGGAAGAAUGUUGGGAGUAUUAGGUUGUUUGAGAGUGUGGGAAAGGUACUUGUGGAGCGGAAAGGUGUUGAGAGUAAAAUAUUCGAAAUUGAAUAA